AUGGGAUUCAAGAAUAAUUUAUCUCUUGUAUCGGUGAUGGUCUUUGCUCUUAUCCUUCUCCCCAUGAUUUCUGGACAAACCAUGCAAUGUUACUCAGGAAUAGCAUGUACAGACGACGGGACAUGCAAUGAUUAUUGCAAUCCUAGAAAUAACAACUUAGGAGGUGUUUGUCUUCGUCGCGCUAACUGUUGUUGCUGCUACGUUAGUGUCGUCAAAUCUCAAGAGUCUUCCUUAUCCAAGGAUACGAAUAAUGUAUUCAUUACUAAUUAA